UCUGACAGCUCAAUCAAUGGAAAGCAAGUGACAGAGAGCAGUUGUGGGGGAGACUCAGGGAGAAAGAGAAGGGUAGGAAAAGGGGAGAGUGUGACAUUCUUAACACAUUUUGGACUUCUUUUUCCAGCUCCUGGCGUCUUCUUUCAUCCGUCUGCAUCUGUCUGGAUUUACAGGUCACAAUAAUGGCCCAGUCCUUAAACAGCACCAGCCCUCCCUCUGCAGGCAAUGAGACCCUUGUGGAUAACCAGACUGCCACCGCUGUAGGCGCACUCAUCCUGAGCAUUGUUUUUCUUUUGGGCUUUCCCGGAAACCUCUUCAUUAUCUGGAGCAUCCUUGCACGAGCCCGGAAACAGUCCAUCACCACCCUCCUCAUACUCAACCUCGCCAUUGCAGAUGGCUCCCUGAUGGCUCUAACCCCAUUCUUCAUUGUCUACCUGGUGCUGAAGAACUGGGUGUUUGGGAAUGUGAUGUGUAAGGUCCUCUUCUACCUGUGUCUGGUCAACAUGUACGCCUCCAUCCAACUCAUUAUAUUGAUGAGCUUAUACCGAUUGCUUGCAAUUCUGUGGCCACAGCGCGUCAGCUCUUUCAGCAACAGGAAGCUUGUAUUACGGGUGCUAGUGGUGGUGUGGGUGGUGGUGAUGGUCGCCUCAAUUCCUGCAAUGAUCUACAGGAAAGUGAAGAACAAGGAGGGGACGGACACUUCGGUUUGCGAUUCAUUCCACGAUCACGACAGCUAUGCGGUUCUGCAGUACUCGCUGGAGCUCGUGCUGGGGUUUUUCAUUCCUUACCCUGUCAUCGUGGUCAGCUAUAUCUGCAUCUUACGGCGGAUCCGAAAGACCAAGUUUGGGCGACGCAUUCGCAGUGAGAAGCUCAUCCUGGCCAUCGUGUUGACCUUUUGCCUCCUUUGGUUGCCAUACCACAUUAUCAACAUGGUGCAAGUUGCAUGGGCUUUGUGUCCAGAGGGUCACUUAAAACAAAUAUUGAAUAAAAUAUGGCACAGGAGCCGUGCUGUCACCUCUGCCAUAGCCUUCAUCAGCAGCUGUGCCAACCCAGUGCUCUACUUCUUUGCAGGAAAGUCCUACAUCCGGCGAGAAGGGCUGGCGUUCAUGGCCCGCUUGUUUGAGGGCACAGCUCUGGACUCUGCCACCAGAAAGAGCCGACAGAACAGCCAGAAUUGCAGUCGCGACAAAGACAAAGACGCAGGCUCUGUUAUGCUAAAUGACAAAGAAGCAGACUCUGUUAACAACUCGAGCUCUAAUGUCAAACCAGUGAAGAACGGUAAGUAGGGCUGCGGCGGAGCAGAACUGAGUCUGGUGUUGAUUCCCUGGAGGAGACAAAUGAACCACUUAAGCCUUCAAACUGCUUUUUAGAGUAACAAACUUGAGGGUUGAUCCUACACAGCUGAUUCUUUACUCGGCAUCUGCAACUUAAUCUUGUCACCCAAUGCAACCUAAAGUGACAGAUUUCUGUCUAAGCUUAUACCAGAACAAGAUAUGAGCCUUGUUCCACUCUGAACCACAUGAGGAAAAACUUUGGAGUUUUAUCCAGGACGAUAAUUCUCCUCAUCCCUUUCAUCCAUCAAGGCGAGAUGAUGCUAUGGGCUGACUGUACAUUUGUAUGAUAUUGCUGUUUUGUACUUUUUUUUUAAAAUGAUUUUUCAUUCAUUCAGUCAUUUUGUUAUCAAUUGUUUUUUUUUUUCUCUAAAAUACAUUAUGGUGACAUCAAAACAUCAAAAUGAACAAGAACAGUAAAUAUCGCUUUACCUCAGAGACAAGCAUUCAGUUCACUGAGGCUCUUGAGUUUGUGUAUUACAGGAUCCACACUUUAAAUGUUGUGCUUGUCUACUAUUAUUUGUUGUAUACAUUAUUCUUCUGCCACUGUGGGGUAGAAUUACAAGCCGUUAAAACAGCUUUCAUUUUCAAACAAGUUUGCUCUGUUUUUUCUCCUUAGGCCUCUGUUUUGGUCUCAACCACCUACUGAAAUAUAUGGCUAUUCUCUAUUGCCAACUCAUA